AUGGACGAAUUACGGGGACCAAAUAUACAAAUAGUCCUACAUGUAAAAGAAGGUCUUGGUUUUGGAUUUUUGCGGACCCCGUUUAUAGUAAGUGGUUCUCUAAAUGGUUAUAUGUUAGAGACUGAUCCUGUCGUGCCGUCACAUGCUCCUGUCUUUGAUGCGGAACUUGUUUGGGAGGCCGACAAACGAAGGUUUCGAAGCUUACGAGUUCAGAAUGUGCCUGUGAAAGUGGAAGUCUUCACAACAAGUACACAAGGCCGUAAGGACAAAGUGGGGUACUUACUGCUGAGCCUACUUGGAGCUCAACCAUGCCCUUCCAACAAAGUCGUAGAGGUCAAACACUCGUGGCACCGGCUGCUUGGUGUAAAGUCAGAAGGAAAAUGCUGCCAUCCGCAGUUGUUGAUGAGUCUCUCUAUUGAAGACAGGAUUAACACACCAACUCCUCGCAAUGAGCUGCGUAUGUUCCACAGCAAUGAGGUCGCCUACCCACCUGCAACCUCCACGUCGAAUCCUCCCACUGCCAAAUCUAUGUUGAUGACUUUGAAGGAAUAUGUAGCAGAAAGUAAGAAGACUGCGUCGUCUCCGGAGCUGCAACCGAACCUGCUGUGUGAUGAAGGGCUCAUACGGAUUGGUGCCGGGAAACAACUGUUUGUCCUCAGCUUCGUUAUUGGCGCAGUUGAAAAUUUUGACUUGUUGUUACCUGAUCGAAAUUCCAGCAAAGAAGUGGAUUGUUAUGUCACCUAUUCGGUUUUCACACAUAACAUCAUGACGGAUCGAAUGUCAGCAUCGUCAUCUUCCAACGGCGGCAGUACAGUCCAGUUCAACCAGCGCACGUCGCUCCGCCUGGCGUCGGAGUUAGCGACCCUCGGCCGAUACUUCACUGACUGUCCACACCUCGUUAUCAGGGUCUGGGCUGGGGAGAAGGACGUUGGUAUCUGCAGCAUGGACCUCCGGAAAUUAAUACCAACGGAAGAUAUACAACACUUUCUAUCAAAGUUCUGCAACAAUGACGGGGCUCUGAGUAUACACGAGCGAUGCUUCAUACUGCGUUGUGACGAGGGCCCGGCUAGAGAAGGGUCCAGAAGACCCUACGUCGAUGUGGAGAUGAGCCUCAAGUAUUUAGGAGCUAAACAGGAGGUUCAGAAGCCCAACAACCUGACGGCUCGCAGUGCGUCCCGCCUGCAGAGUGAAGGCAGGGAGCCCGUGCCGCAUGAACCAAACCUCGACUUCCGCAGUGGAAGCUGUACCAACCUCGGACAUGAUGUAGGACAAGUCGCCUAUACUAACUUAGGAGCUAUGAAUACUGGCAGAUACAAGACCGCGUCAGGCGACACAGUCCUCCAAUCUACAGAGAUAGCGGACCUCAUAAAGAAGAUGUGUGAGUCGUUGGCAGCGUCUCAAGCCAAGUUGCUGGCGGCCCGCCGCGCCCCGCCACCGCCGACGUGA